AUUCAAGAACAAAUUGUGAAAUUAGUUUGAGGAGCACAGAAAAAAGUAUUUAAUAUCUUUAAAUCAAUUGCAAAUUAGAUAUUAAGUUGUUGCAACUUACUAAAUACAAUAAAGAUGACCGAUAUAAAAUCAUAUUUCCAUGAAUGGUGUGCAAAGACCAAAGUUGAUCCAAAAUAUGAAAGUCGACCUACCGGUCCCAAACAUCGCCAACGUUUUUUGUGCGAGAUUCGUGUACCACAAUAUCCAUAUGUUGCCGUAGGCAAUUCAACUAAUAAAAAAGAUGCCGAACGUAAUGCUGCUAGAGAUUUUGUAAAUUUCUUGGUUCGUACGGGUAAAAUCCAACCAAAUGAAAUACCCGCUGAUGCUGGCAUUGCCGCGGUGCCAUCAAAUACAGAUUUUCCCGACAACUCGGAUAACCAACAAAGACGUGUCUUUGAUGGAAAUGCUGGUCCUCAAGAUUUGGGUCAGGCCUAUCGUCCCAUGGAUCAUGGAAACAACCAGCGCGAACACUUCAAUUUCAUCGAUCGUGCCCAAGAACAAUUGGAUAUGAAAGAGGCCGAGUCGAUUGAUGUAAAUGCGGCAAUACACGGCAACUGGACUAUAGAGAAUGCUAAAGCAAAACUGCAUCAAUUUAUGCAAAUGAAUAAAAUAUCUGCUGAUUAUAAGUAUUCACCAGUAGGGCCAGAUCAUGCAAGGAGUUUUUUGGCUGAAAUGCAUAUUUAUGUGCGUGAUUUAAAGAGAAAUAUAACCGCGAGAGAAACUGGUUCUAACAAACAGUCGGCCAGUAAAUCAUGUGCUUUGUCAUUGGUUCGCCAGCUUUAUCAUUUGGGUGUAAUCGAAGCAUUUUCUGGCACCCUUAAGCAAAAGAAAGACGAUGAAGAAUUGCCCCCCUAUGAGGUUAAUGUUGCUCCGGAAUUAAUACAAAAAGUUGAAGAAGUCGUACAGGCAUUGGAUUUACCCACAGUUAAUAUGAACAAUAUUAAACCAGAUCCUGAAUCGGAUUCUUUCAGUUUACAGGUCAAUACCGGUAGAGAUAAUAAUCGUUUACGCAUGGAUAACCAACAAAUGGUAGCAUCUAUAAUACCCUGGGCUCCACCCCAGCCAAAUUGGAAUGCCUGGAAUGCUUGUAACAUUGAUGAGGGUUAUUUGGCAACAGCAUCUUUAGAUGACUUGUGUAACGACCUUGAGAGUUCCAGCAAGGAAAAGCGCUUAAACAAUCCCGAAUAUCAGAAAUUCUUAGAUUUUCGUGAGAAACUACCAAUUGCCGCUAUGCGUGCUGAAAUAAUGGAGGCCAUAAAUGAAAAUCCGGUUGUUGUUAUACGCGGUAAUACGGGUUGUGGUAAAACCACACAAAUCGCUCAAUAUAUUCUCGAAGACUAUGUGUCUUCGGGUCAGGGAGCCUAUUGCAACAUUUACGUUACACAACCCCGUCGUAUAUCGGCCAUAUCGGUAGCCGAACGUGUGGCCAAUGAACGUUGUGAAAGUCUAGGUGAAUCCGUGGGUUAUACGGUACGUUUUGAAAACGCUAUGCCCCGUCCUUAUGGAGCAAUAUUGUUUUGUACUGUUGGUGUUUUGUUGCGUAAAUUGGAAGCUGGUCUACGUGGUGUGUCGCAUAUUAUUGUCGAUGAAAUUCAUGAACGUGAUGUUAACAGUGAUUUCCUGUUAGUUAUAUUGCGUGACAUGGUACACACUUAUCCCGAUAUACGCAUCAUUCUUAUGUCGGCCACCAUUGAUACUACCCUGUUCUCGGAGUACUUUGGCCGCUGUCCGGUGAUGGAGGUGCCCGGCAGAGCUCACCCUGUACAACAGUUUUUCCUUGAAGAUUGUCUUGAAAUGACAAAAUUUAUGCCCACACCCGAAUCACGCAAGAAAAACAAAGACAAGGAUGAUGAAGAGAAUGCAGUGCUCAAGGAAAAUGGUGAAGAUAUCUCGGAUCAAAACCUCAACAAGGUCAUAGACAAUUCUUAUUCGCAACAAACCAAAAAUGCAAUGGCCAUUUUAUCCGAGUCUGAAUGUUCAUUUGAGCUCAUGGAGGCUUUGUUGCUUCACAUUAAAUCGAAGAAUAUUCCCGGUGCUGUUCUAAUUUUCUUACCCGGUUGGAAUUUGAUUUUUGCAUUGAUGAAAUUUCUACAAAAUUCUCAAUUUGGUGGACCACAGUAUCGUAUUUUGCCGUGUCACUCGCAAAUUCCCAGAGAAGAUCAGCGUAAAGUGUUUGAACCAGUACCAAAUGGCGUUACCAAGAUUAUUCUUUCUACCAAUAUUGCUGAAACAUCUAUUACAAUCGAUGAUAUUGUAUUUGUGAUUGAUUUGUGCAAGGCCCGCAUGAAGAUGUUCACCUCACACAACAAUCUUACAAGUUAUGCCACGGUUUGGGCCAGUAAAACGAAUUUGGAACAACGUAAGGGUCGUGCCGGCCGUGUCAGACCCGGCUUUUGUUUCACCUUGUGCUCAAAGGCACGUUUCGAAGCUUUAGAAAAUCAUUUGACACCUGAAAUGUUCCGUACGCCACUGCAUGAAAUGGCCUUGACCAUUAAACUUCUACGUUUGGGAUCUAUACAUCAAUUUUUGUCGAAGGCUUUAGAACCACCACCACUGGAUGCGGUAAUUGAGGCUGAAGUGCUUUUGCGCGAUAUGCGUUGCCUGGACAGCAACGACGAGCUAACGCCCUUGGGUCGCAUAUUGGCUCGUUUGCCCAUUGAGCCGAGAUUAGGAAAAAUGGUCGUGUUGAGUACAGUGUUCGGUUGUGCCGACAUUGCGGCUAGUAUGGCUUCGUAUUCGAGUACCUUCUCCGAGAUCUUUGCUUUGGACUUGGGUCAAAGACGUUUACAAAAUCAUCAGAAGUCUUUAGGAGGUAGCAAAUGUUCCGAUCAUGUUGCCAUGAUUGUGGCUACACAGUUGUGGGAAAAUGCCCGCCGUAAGGGAGACGAAGAAGAGGUACGUUUUUGCGAAUGGAAAGGCCUACAAUUGUCAACUAUGCGCGUUAUGGCCGAAGCUAAGAAUCAGCUUUUAGAUUUAUUGCAGCAAGCUGGUUUUCCAGAAGAAUCUAUGAUUUCUGGACGUAUUGAUGCCAACUCUGAUGAUCCUAUACUUGAUAUGGCAACUGCCCUUCUCUGCAUGGGUCUGUAUCCAAAUGUCUGCUAUCACAAGGAAAAGCGUAAAGUGUUGACCACUGAAUCGAAGGCCGCUUUAAUACACAAGACUUCGGUGAACUGUAGCAAUUUGGCGGUGACCUUCCCGUAUCCAUUCUUCAUCUUUGGCGAAAAGAUACGUACGCGUGCAGUGUCAUGUAAACAAAUGACCAUGGUAUCCCCACUACAUUUGUUGUUAUUCGGUUGCCGUAAAGUCGAUUUAGUAAAGGGCAACAUUGUGCGUUUGGAUAAUUGGCUUAAUUUCAAAAUGGAUCCGUAUGUGGCGUCAAUGUUGGCUGCUCUAAAGCCUGCCCUGGAAGACUUGGCAUCGACUGCCUGUGAUGAACCUUCGGAAAUUCAACAAUUAAAUGAGGCUCAGUCGAAACUGGUAGACGUUGUUAAAGAAUUGUGCUCGUUAACAGCCGGGGAUUAUCAGAUACAACGAGAAAAGGGUGUUAUGCCUUAUCAAAGUCGCGGACCGAGCGGUAGUGGUGGCAGUGGCAUACCAAAUAAAAGAGGCAGAUUUGAUGGCGGUUUUGGUGGUGGUGGUAACCGAGGUGGUUAUGGCGGUGGUGGUUAUGGAGGUGGUGGUUAUGGCGGUAGUGGUUAUGGCGGCGGUAACCGUUUCGGUGGCGGUGGCAACAGCGGUGGCAGCAGCGGCGGCGGUGGUGGCUAUAGAGGAGGCACUAGUAAUUGGGGACGUUUUGGCGGCGGUGGCGGUAAUCGUCGGUUUUAAAUAUUCUUUACAUAUGUAUACAACUUUAAUGUAGCCAAUACCCGUCAAAACAUCAUGAUAAUAGUCCACAGCUGUACUAUUAUUGUGAUUAAAUUAUCACCAUAUUAUUCUAAUUAAUAAAAGACCUUAGUAUUAAAACGUAAUAAAA